AUGCGACGAUCUGAUAACAUUCAGUUAACUGAGAAGGAGAUCAAUGAUUUCAUCGGUCGUAAUGAUGAUGAAGAUGAGGAUAGCGGCAGCGAUUGGGAUGAUAUAGGCGAGACUGACUUAUCAACUGUGCUAUCUAAUCCAACAGCUUUUCCAAAAGAGGACAAAACGGGGAAGUCUUCUCACGAAAUUGUCUGUUCAUCUGAUCACAAAGCUGCUGCUAAAUGCGUUCAAGAUGUCGGUGUCAAUGAACUAUUUGAACCAGUUCCAUCUAAUUUGAUAUUGAAUGAAAAGAAAAACAAUUCUAAUAUUCGUGACCUGUUCGGUGUGGACAAUCUUAGUGAUGAUGGUGUUGACGAUGAUAAUAGUGACGAAGAUGAUUUCAAUGAAUUGAUGGGAAUCGAAGACGAUGAGGAGAAGGACUAUGGACUUUCAGAGAAUGGAGCCAGUAUACAAAAAUGCCUAACUGUUAAACAGCGUUUGGAGAAAAACAAAUUAAUUGAACAGCAUGUUAACAAAGCGAUUCAACUUGAAGAGGAAGAGAAAGAGCUGAAGACAACUUUGUCGGGUAGCUCUGGUAGUAAUACUAACAAGUCUGUUAGUACUGCGUUGGCAGCAUGUGCUUUACGACGAAAACAAGCAAUUAACUCGCUAAACAAUGCUGCGUUUACUCCUUUUGGAAAUAAGAGUCCUGUCGUUCCGACUAAAUCCACGGCUAUUACACCUGUCUCAAAUAAUGUCAAUAAUCAUUCCUCUGCAGGGGAUAAAGACUGUUGGCUUGCAGUGCCUACAAGACUACGAGUUUAUCGAGCUCGGAUUUCUUCUGAACUAUGGAUUAGCAGAACGUCAGACCGUGAAGUGCUCACUCUACCUCAGUAUAUUCAACACCAUCGUAGUCAUCAAUCAGUGAGUAAAUCUCAAAAACCAAUUUGCAGUGAAGCAGUUGUAGUUGGCGUUAUCGGAUCGAAAUUGCCCCCUCGUCGUUCUCGCAAUGAUCGUGUGUAUUCUGUCUGGUGCCUGAGUAAUUUGGAACAUGUCGGUCCAGGAUCAGCAUCGGGUUGUGUAAAACUGUUUCUUUUUGGUAAUUGUCACGAAAAGUUAUGGAAGGAAACUGAAGGUAGCGUAGUUGCUGUCCUUAAUCCUCGUUCACUAGCCUCCGGUUCGACAUUUACAGAUGAGAAGGAUGUUGGUAUUACACUGGACUCACCGUUGCAUGUUAUGAUUCUUGGUGAAUCUCCUGAUUAUGGGAUUUGCAGUGCAACAACAAAAUCUGGUCAAUCGUGUUUUCAUGUUAUUAACAAAACGAUUUGUCGUUAUUGCGAAUUUCAUGUGAAAAAGGCCUACAUAGAAGCAAGUUCAUCUCGACCAGGUUUUGUGAGUGCAAGUUUACCUGGAUUUAGUGGAAGAUCCCGCCGGUCACAAUAUUCUGGUGAUCACCCACCUGGCACUUCUGAAUCUGGUGUAUAUACCCUUCCAAUUAAUACGAAUUUCUUACUGGAUAAUGGUCAUAGACCUGUUGUACCUUCAGCCAGAGUAAAACUGAGCGUAGCUAAACUUGCAGCUGCUGGCUAUCAAGUCGAUGCAUCAACUGGAUUGGGUGGACACGGUAAAACACCUACAACGCCAAAAUCAUCGUCUUCAUCUUUCCUCCCUUCUGUAAGCAGUAGUCAAACUACCGAUUCCAACGGAGAUUAUGAUCCCAGGAUACCAAAGGAUUUUGCAACUGUUGUCGUCAAUGAGACCAUCAGUAGUAGCACGAAGGAUAGUAUCAAGAAAAAGGGUUCGUCUGAGUCUAAUGAAACACCAGCCGAACUGAACGAAGCUGAAAGCAAGCUUGUCUCCGCUUUACGUCGGCCUUCUGCUGGCUCUCUGAACCUACUAAAACAUUUGGAGCAUGAGAGCGAAACUGAUAGUACUGGCAGUGUUCCUAAAGUAUCAAUUAGGAAGACGAACAGCAAACAGCCUUUAGUCAGUAAUCGGAAACCCAACACACAAUCGAGUUCAUCUUCUGUAACAUUUGCCAAGUUCUUCUCUUCAGUUAACGAAAUGCGUCGGAAUUUAACAUCAGUCGUCAGUGAGAUAUUCACAACCGUGAAGAAACUUAAGUUGCCUGCGCGACUCAAACACUCAUUAUUCACUCAGAGGAUAUGCUUAUGA